GCAUCAAUGAAUCACAUCUCACCACGGUACGAGACAGUGGAGAUUGGUGCACAAGGUUCCCCGCGUGUUCGUCAUGUCACAUCCGGCAAGCCCCGUGUUUCCAAUGGACAACGUGGUCCGCAAGCCAGUAGGGCGGCGAAAGAGGACCUUCACCCCUGAGGGCGAGAAGGACGCUAUCUACUGGCAGAGGCGCCUCAAAAACAACGAGUCGGCCAAGCGUUCCCGCGACAAGAGGAGGCUGCACGACUUCAUGCUGGAACGCCACAUCUUGGCCCUGAGGGAGGAAAACAUCCGGCUACGUGCUCAACUCUUGGCUCUCCAAGACCACUACGCCAUCCUCUGCACUUCUAAGCACCAGGGGUACUUUUCACACCCUGGCCUCAUCAUCCCCAUGCAUGGCUUCAACAGCGCGACUGGCUUUUCGUACACGCCGGUAUGCACCUACUCCAACCAGGUCUUAGCCCCUCCUGUCGGGUCGCUCUUCACAUCUCCCCCUACAAAUGAGACCCAAACCGCAAUCUGCACGGCUUUUCCCCCAGAUUCACCACAAGUUGAGAAAAGACAGUCCCCUCACGGGGACGACAGCUCGUACUAA